GAGAACCUCCAAACCACACCCCACGACUAACACCACAGGUAUUGCGCCAACACCGUCAACAUGCGUACCUACGACGAUAGCUUCAGCGGUCAGAAGAUCUACCCGGGCAAGGGCAAGCUUUACAUCCGUGGUGACAGCAAGAUCUUCCGUUUCCAGAAUGGCAAGACCGAGUCCCUUUUCCUCCAGCGCAAGAACCCUCGCAAGAUCUCGUGGACGACCCUCUACCGAAGGAUGCACAAGAAGGGUAUCUCUGAGGAAAUUGCCAAGAAGCGAACCCGCCGCACAGUCAAGCACCAGCGUGCCAUCGUCGGUGCCUCACUCGACGUGAUCAAGGAGCGCCGUACUCAGCGCCCCGAGGCCCGCGCCGCCGCCCGCAGCGCCGCUAUCAAGGAGGGCAAGGAGGCCAAGGCCGCUGCUGAGUCCAAGAAGAAGGCCGAGAAGGCGAAGUCCGCUUCCAGCGCCGCACGAGGACAGGCCCAGAAGAUCCAGAGCAAGCAGGGUGCCAAGGGCGCAGCACCUAAGGUGCAGGCAAGGACUCGCUAAGCAGAUGGAGCAAUGUGCAUGGUCGGUUUUUCGGGGUGACUCGGUGUUCCUUUACUAUCUCUGGCUUCUCUGAUAACUACGGGAAAAUGGAACGAAUCGGAUGAUGGCUUACAUCUUUCUGGACCGGUGUGCCGGAUCUUUUCAAGCUUAGGGUCUGGCGCCAUAGGGCAAAUGCAAUACCAUGUCCUUACGAAUGUAAAGAGCUCUCCUGACAUGGGUUGUGAGUGCUCUCUAAAGCAACAUGCUGCGGGGCUCGAGACUUAAGCACGCGUUAGCACUGAUGCGAAUGCUCGACACAGCUAACAUAAACUUUACCCUUACACUUCAUCCCUCUCUACAUAGGCACUAAUGACUGACAUGUUGGCUUUGUUAUGUCUCACUCCUCGUACCCAAUAUCUGAACUCUCACAAGCCAUCAUUUCUCAGACGCUACAUCACACCUCCUUGGGAGGGCAUGCCAUCACCGCUCUUGAUCAAUUUGAAGUCAUCGAACAG